GCUUCUUUCAACAGCAGCAACAGACAGUCAGACACCUCGAUAGCUUGCUAGACAAAAUAGCCGAACCAAUAAAGCUCUUUAGACGCUUUCGUAAUUAUUAUCCAAUGUGUUUUAAACCCUCGUCUGUCGUCUAGUUAGUUAUCCGUGUUAAUUUCAUAUUUACGGUGUUGUUGUUAUUAUUCCGUUAGCGGGCUGGUUAAGUUAGCAUUAGCCUAGCUAACAUCCCCGACCAUGCGGUCACUAAGCUACUCUCCUAAAGAAGAGGAGAUCUGCUGGACGAAGAAAGAGGUUAUGUGGCUAAACAUUGUCGUGAAAGAGGAGGAAGAGGAUGUCAAAAUACAAAAACAGGUAGACGGUGAGGCUGUUACAGUGAAAAAAGAAGAGAAAGACGUUUCAGUGAAAGAAGAGGAAGAUGCGUUCAGAGUGAAAGAGGAGGAGGAUGUUACAGUGAAAAAAGAAGAGAAAGAGGAAGAUUCUGUUUUUGGAGUGAAAGAGGAGGGGGAGAUGACUGUCACAUUGGAGGAAGGGGAGGAUGAAGAUGAGGAAACUGGAUAUCUGGGCUCGGUUUCCCAAACGCAUCUUAAGGCAUCCAAUGGUUCUAACGAUGAACGGGCCCUGAUUAACACUAGAGAGAGACGUGACUAUCGUGGAUCCUCUGGGGAGCCUCAACAACCUCAUGAUGCUGACGAGGCAGAGAAGAGUCUCUCCACGUUGAAACACCAGCAGAGAACCACAGGGAAGAAAUCUCAUUGCUGCUCUGACUGUGGGAAAGGUUGCACAUCUUCAUCAGAACUUAAAAUACACCAGAGAACACACACAGGAGAGAAACCUUAUAGCUGUGAUCAAUGUGGGAUGAGUUUUACUACAUCAAGCCAUUUGAUUCGACACCAGAGAACACACACAGGAGAGAAACCUUAUAGCUGUGAUCAAUGUGAGAAGAGUUUUACUACAUCUUGCUAUCUGACUGUACACCAGAGAAUACACACAGGAGAGAAGCCUUAUAUCUGUGAUCAAUGUGGGAAGAGUUUUCCUACAUCUAGCCAGCUGACUUCACACCAGAGAACACACACAGGAGAGAAACCUUAUAGCUGUGAUCAAUGUGGGAUGAGUUUUACUACAUCAAGCCAUCUGAUUCGACACCAGAGAACACACACAGGAGAGAAACCUUAUAGUUGUAAUCAUUGUGAGAAGAGGUUUCCUUCAUCUAGCCAGCUGACUUCACACCAGAGAACACACACAGGAGAGAAACCUCAUAGCUGUGAUCAAUGUGACAAGAGAUACUCUGAUAAAAGGUGUCUGAUCAAACAUCAGAAAAUACAUGGAGUUGUUUCAUGAUAUCAAUGAAAUGAUGUCACAAUGUAGUAUGUUUUAACAUUGUAGUAGGAGUAUUUUAACCUGUUAGGGGUGCAGCCCGACACCGGUACACUUAUGAGAACAUCCAGCUCAAAGUGCAGGGCGCGAAAUUCAAAAGAUAUUUUUUUUAAAUAUUUAACUUUCACACAUUAACAAGUCCAAGACACCAGAUGAAAGGUGCACAUCUUGUGAAUCAAGCCAACAUGUCCGAUUUUUAAAAUGUUUUACAGGGAAGACACAAUAUGUAAAUCUAUUAGCUAACCACGUUAGCAAAAGACACAACUUUUCUAACUCCAUCAGUUUUUUACUCCAUCAGUAGCUAUCACAAAUUCGGCCAAAUAAAGAUAAAAAUAGCCACUAACCAAGAAACAACCUCAUCAGAUGACAAUCUGAUAACAUAUUUAUUGUAUAGCAUAUGUUUUUUUUCAAAUUUUUUGCAUAUUUCAGGUAUAAUUCAUAGUUUACAUUUCAGCUACAAUCAGAAAUUGCACCGAAAGCAGCCAUAAUAUUUACAGACACCAACGUCAAAUACCUAAAUACUCAUCAUAAAACAUUUCUGAAAAAUACAUAGUGUACAGCAAUUGAAAGACAGGCAUCUUGUGAUUCUAGACAAUUUCCGAUUUAUUAAAUGUUUUACAGCGCAAACAAAAUGUAGCGUGAUAUUAGCAUAGCAGCAAUAGCAAGAAAAACUUGGGCGCCCACGACCAGUCAACAUGCACGACAGAUAUAUGAAAUAACAUCAUAAAUUGGCUCUUACUUUUGCUGAUCUUUCAUCAGAAUGUUGAACAAGGUGUCCUCUGUCCAGAUGAGUCGUUGUUUGGAUUCAGAAUGGCAAAUUUCCCUCUUCACUUAGCAUUGGCACUUGCCAAGUGACACGGAUUACUCCAAAGUCAACAAAGUUAGAAAACGGAACACGGCAAAACUCCCAAAAAAGUUUCAAUAAUCUGAUUAAACUAUAUUGAAAAAACAUACGUUACGAUGAUAUGGGGACAUGUAUCAAAUCUAAGACGGAGAUGUUCGUCUUUCAUAACCACAGCUAAACAUAAGCCAUAUCCGUGUCCUCUUUCGCGCGCUCCAGAAACAGGAUAUGGACGGUCACGUCAAACAAAGAUCUUUUAUUCCACCUCAGACCAAGGUAGACACGAAAUUUCUUCUCUCACUGCAUCUUGACCACCAGGGGAAGGCGUACGAAGUGUUUGUAGACGCCUACGUCACACGCCCAUGUAUAGGCAUGAGGUUGAACAGAGCAUAGAUUUCUGACAUUUCACUUCCUGGUCAGGAAAAGUGCUGCAGAAGGAUUUCUGUUUCAAUCAGAGAAAUAAUUCAAACGUUUUUAGAAACUAGAGAGUGUUUUCUAUCCAAUAUUAAUAAUAAUAUCCAUAUUGUAUGAGCAAGAAUUGAGUAGGAGGCCGUUUGAAAUGGGCACGAUUUCACUGGCUACUCAACACUUUCCCUUGCAGCCAGAAGAAGUUUUUAAUGAUGUCACAAUAUAGAAUGUUUUAACAUUGUAGUAGGAGUAUUUUAAUGAUGUACUACCUUAUCGUUUGGCCUGUUCAAUUGAUUGCAGCAUAAUAUGGAUAUUAGCCUCAGGGGAAAUCUAGGCUCUGAAUUGAAAGAGUAUUAUUUAACAAAAAGUGACUAACAAAAAAAGAGCUGUGUUACACUUACUGUGUUGGUGACCCACUUUAAUCAAAAUGCAGCACUUCAAAAUGUAGCUAGCUGUUUUCUACAAGUUGAAAAAGCUGCUUGUUUAAAAAAAUACAUGUAAUAUGAUACUUGUUGCAGAUGUUUGUGUAUAUACACUCAUGAAAGCAGUAUAAUAAUUUGGUCUAUAAUCAAUUUUAUUAACAAUCUGACAUCACUCCAGUAUUUCUUGACAACAUUCAAAUGCUAAUUGUCUUUAUUCCACUACUGAAGAAGCAUGACUCAAAUCACCUCAUAUUUCAAACAUCCAGCCUGACAAAAGAUAAGUUUUAUUUUUCCAUGCCUCACCAUUAAGUGAAGUAUUGCCAAUACAUAUUAACAAAGGGGUGUACAUUUGGUUUUGAUUUUCAUAUUUACAAUUUAUGUAACAUUUAGUAAUCAUAAUUAUUUAUGCAACCAGGGGCCUGUUGCACAAAAGUAGAAUUAAGAUAUCCGGGAUAAAUGACUCAGCUGAGCUCAAUGAAGCCAAAACAUGUGCGUCCAGGCUUAAUUGGUUGCACAAAGACCAAGCCAGGAUGAGCAGACACGGAUUCAUUAAGCCAGGUGAAACCAAUCCUGGAUAGGUGCGCGCUCACGGCUCACUCAAAUAGACCCCGCCACAGAUCACAGAUUAACUGAUUUACCAUGGCAACUAGAGCCGCGUACUUUUCCCCGUCGGAAGCACAAAUCCUCAUGGAGGCAUACGAGGAGGUAAAAGAUAUAAUUAAGAAGAAAGGCAACACCGCCACAGUGAUAAAGCAAAGAGAAAAAGCGUGGCAAAGUAUUGCAGACCGCCUGAAUGCAUUAAACAUGAACGGGCCAAAGCGGACAUGGCAGCAGGUCAAAAUCAAAUACAAGAACAUUCUGCAGAAUGCAGUGAAAAAGAAUACCCACAGACAAGGCACGGGUGGUGGGUCACCAAAGGCUGACCUUACCCCAGCAGAGGACAUGGCCUUGGAGCUAAAUAAAGGCAGGCCCGUCUUAGAGGGGAUCCCUGGGGGGAAAGAGACGAGCAUAGGUUCCUCCCAAGAUGCCACCCGCUUCAUUCAAGGUAUGUCCUUCCAUCUCUACAUGGGAUACAACCACAUUCAUAUUUGUAGGCUGUGCUUUGUAGGCUGUGCUUUGUAGGCUGGGUAAAUCCAUUUGAAUUCAAUACAUUUUUGACAGCAUCCCUUUUGAUUUAAAAAAAUCUGUUUGACAUGUUUGACUAUGGAAGAAGUGGUAAGAAAGUGACUUCAUGUAACUGAAUGUAAAAACAUUCAUGAGAUAUACAUUACCAGUCAAACGAGUGGACACACCUACUCAUUCAAGGGUUAUAAUUAUUUGUUUUACCAUUUUAUCUACAUUGUAGAAUAAUCGUGAAGAAAUCAAAACUAUGAAAUAACACAUAUGGAAUCAUGUAGUAACCAAAAAAAGUGGUAAACAAUUCUAAAUAUAUUUUAGAUUUUUCAAAGUAGCAACCCUUUGCCUUGAUGACAGCUUUGCACACUCUUGGCAUUCUCUUAACCAGCUUCACCUGGAAUGCUUUUCCAACAGUCUUGAAGGAGUUCCCACAUAUGCUGAGCACUUGUUGGCUGCUUUUCCUUCACUCUAUGGUCCAACUCAUCCCAAACCAUCUCAAUUGGGUUGAGGUCAGGUGAUUGUGAAGGCCAGGUUAUCUGAUGCAGCACUCAUCACUCUCCUUUUUGAUAAAAUAGCCCUUACACAGCCUGGAGGUGUGUUGGUUCACUGUCCUGUUGAAAAACAAAUGAUAGUCCCACUAAGCGCAAACCAGAUGGGAUGGCGUAUCGCUUCAAAAUGCUGUGGUAGCCAGACAGGUGUGUGCCUUUCCAAAUCAUAUCCAAUCAAUUUAAUUUACCACAGGUGGACUCCAAACAAGUUGUAGAAACAUCUCAACGAUGAUCAUUGGAAACAGGAUGCACCUGAGGUCAAUUUCAAUUCUCACAGCAAAGGGUCUGAAUACUUAUGUAAAUAAGGUAUCUGUUUUUUAUUUUUAAUAAAUGUUUAAAAAAUUCUCCAAACCUAUUUUCUCUUUGUCAUUACGAGGUAUUGUGUGUAGACUGAUGAGGAUUUUUAUUUAUUUAAUCCAUUGUAGAAUAAGGCUGUAACGUAACAAAAUGUGGAAAGACUUAAGUGACAAAAAAACGGGGGUUAAAGACUUAAAGACAUGUAAAAAAAUUUAGAUAAUUUUUUACAUCUCUUAGAUAUCAGACAGACACUUCAGAACAAACUUCCUUUAGAUGUUCUGGGGGAAACAAUGUUACUAUGGUUACUGUUGUUCCAUGUUGUGAAUGUUAUCCGAUGUGUUACUAUGGUUACUGUUGUUCCAUGUUAUGAAUGUUAUCCAAUGUGUUACUAUGGUUACUGUUGUUCUAUGUUAUGAAUGUUAUCCAAUGUGUUACUAUGGUUACUGUUGUUCCAUGUUGUGAAUGUUAUCCAAUGUGUUAGUAUGGGUAAUAGCAGUAUGGACAAAUAUUUUUUGUUGAUACAUCCAUGGGUCUUACAGUUCAAAAUCAAAUAGCAAAAUGAUCCUUGGUAUAACCUUCUUAAAACAGUACAAUACAGGGGAAGCCCUUCAUGUUGUUUAAAUCUUCUUAAAACAAUUCCAUAUAGCUUAGAAGAACCUCCCCCUCAGACUGGGCUUAGACUGUAAUGGGUUAAAACUAUCUGAAACUUACAUUACUCUGAGACUAGUUAUCCUGGGAUCUAACAUUACUCUGAGACUAGUUAUCCUGGGAUCUUACAUUACUCUGAGACUAGUUAUCCUGGGAUCUUACAUUACUCUGAGACUAGUUAUCCUGGGAUCGUACAUCUUACAUUACUAAGACUAGUUAUCAUGGGGAAUAGUUUUAAUACAUUUGCAAAAAAUCUAAACCUGUUUUUGCUUUGGCAUUAUGGGGUAUUGUGAUAGCAUUAUGGGGUAUUGUGAUAGCAUUAUGGGGUAUUGUAAUAGCAUUAUGGGGUAUUGUAAUAGCAUUAUGGGGUAUUGUAAUAGCAUUAUGGGGUAUUGUAAUAGCAUUAUGGGGUAUUGUGAUAGCAUUAUGGGGUGCAUUGUGAUAGCAUUAUGGGGUAUUGUAAUAUAUGGGGUAUUGUAAUAGCAUUAUGGGGUAUUGUGAUAGCAUUAUGGGGUAUUGUGUGCAGAUUGAUGAGGAUUUACAAGGCUCUUGAUUCAGCACCACGGAUAGCGGCCUUAAAAGAUUAAACACCCAAAUCCACCAGAUGUUGUGUAUAAACAUAAUGCCAGAGCAGCAGUUCUAUAUAGCUACUCUCGUUCCAAAUUAUCUAUAUAUAGAGAGAACGACGAGAGAGAUGUGGAUAGGAAGAUUAUCAUUAUUAUGGAAAAUAUUCAUUUAAAAUACAGGAAUUUAAAAAAAGCUGUUAGCUCUCUAGGUCAUGUCAGUAGGUUACAGAAGGUUGUAUCUCUCUAGGUCAUGCCAGUAGGUUACAGUAGGUUGUAACUCUCUAGGUCAUGCCAGUAGGUUACA